AAACAGUUUGUUCCUCGUCACUAAAGAGAGACACAGGCUGAAAAACAUUCGAUCAGAUUCACCUUCAGACCAAACUAACAGCUUCCUCUGAGUGAGUCCAGCUACAGGAGAGAAAAGAGGAAAACUACAACACUGCUGCUUCAACCUGCUGACUCUCCACACACUGAAGCUUCACUCAGACUAAAUGGCUUCCAGAUUAGAGGAGGAUCUCUGCUGUCCGGUCUGUCAGGAGGUCUUUAGAGAUCCUGUUGUUCUGUCAUGUAGCCACAGCUUCUGUAAAGACUGUCUGAAGAGAUGGUGGAGAGAGAAACCAACACCACAGUGUCCAGUUUGUAAGAGAAGAUCUUCAAGGUUAGAACCACCUAUAAACCUGGCCUUAAAGAACCUGUGUGAGUCCUUCUUACAGGAGAGAGAUCAGAGAUCUUCAGAGGCUCUCUGCAGUCUGCACUCUGAGAAACUCAAACUCUUCUGUCUGGACCAUCAGCAGCCAGUGUGUGUCGUCUGCAGAGAUUCAGAAAAACACUCCAACCACAGAUUCAGACCCAUCGAUGAAGCUGCACGACAACACAAGAAGGAACUUCAGGAAACUCUGGAGUCCUUAAAGAAGAAGUUAAAGAGUUUAGAAGAAGUUAAAGUGAAGUUUGAUCAAACAGCAGAACACAUUAAGGUCCAGGCCCGACACACAGAGAGGCAGAUUAAGGAGCAGUUUAAGAAGCUUCACCAGUUUCUAGAAGAGGAAGAGGAGGCCAGGAUGGCUGCACUGAGGGAGGAAGAGGAGCAGAAGAGUCAGAUGAUGAAGGAGAAGAUGGAGGCUCUGAGCAGAGAGAUAGCAGCUCUUUCACACACAGUCAGAGCCACAGAGGACGAGCUGAGAGCUGAAGACGUCUCAUUCCUCAACAACUACAAGGCUGCAGUGGAAAGAGUCCAGCAGCGCCCCCUGCUGGAGGAUCACCAGCUGCUCUCAGGAGCUCUGAUAGACCAGGCCAAACACCUGGGCAACCUGACCUUCAACAUCUGGAACAAGAUGAAGGACAUGGUCUCCUACAGUCCUGUGGUUCUGGACCCAAACACUGCUGGUCCAGGACUGAUCCUGUCUGAAGAUCUGACCAGAGUGAGACAUGGAGAGAAACAGGAGCUUCCUGACAAUCCAGAGAGAUUUGAUAUUUACUGCUCUGUCCUGGGCUCUGAGGGUUUUAACUCAGGGACUCACAGCUGGGACGUCGAGGUUGGAGACAAUACAGACUGGUCACUGGGUGUGUUAGCAGAGUCUGUCCAGAGGAAGGGAGGCAUACGGUCUGGAUUAUGGGGAAUAUGGUUCUAUAAAGGUAAAUACUCAGCAUGGUCACCAUCAGCUUCAUUCACUGUUCUCUCAGAGCAGAAGAAGCUCCAGAGGAUCAGAGUGAAUCUGGACUGGAACAGAGGAAAGUUGUCGUUCUCUGAUCCUGAUACUAACACACACAUACACACCUUCACACACACUUUCACUGAGAAGAUGUUUCCAUACAUUUUCACUGUGGAUAAUCUCCCAGUGAGGAUGUUACCAGUGAAGGUCUCUGUGACAGUGGAACAGAUCAGUCAGAGAUAAAGAGGAUGAUCAGAUUUAUAAUGUUGUUUAUUUCUUAAAGGGAAAAGUCAGAGAAUUUAACGUCUUAAACUGCACCUGUCCUCCUGCUGUCUCAUUAUUCCAAAGCUCUGUUUAUUUCUCUUUCACUUCUUUUAUUUCCGUCUUCUUCUUUUCUAGUUGAACUAUUUGCUUUUUCUUUCUAUUGUCAAACUUUUCAUAUGUGAAAAAUGAUUUCACUCAUUUUCUGAUCUUUAUAUUUGGUUUGUUUUAUUGAUUCUGUGUCAUUGUUGUUAAAAGUAUUUUAUUAUUGUGACUGUGUGGAGCUGUGAAGAGCAGCAAACUGAUCCAAAUAAAAAAACACAUUUAUCAAUAACUGCAGGUUUGAUCAGCUGAUCAUUGUUCAGAUUAAACAAACUUUGUUUUAAAUUCUCGUCCAGAUGAUAAAGUUUCCAAACAUGAAAAGUGAUUCAUAUUUAAUUACAUGUGUGAACAGUUUCAUGUAGAAUCCGUAUGUUGAGAUUAUUCUGUCUGUAAAAGUGUUUUCAUUCUUUCAACAACUCAACAUUUAAACUCAUCAGAAAUGUUUCCAGUCAUCUUGAUAUUGAUCACUCCUCUGUAGCUGUGUACACAGCUUUAUCUGCCAAACUCCAGGCUUGUCUUAGGGACAUUAAGGAUGACAUUAAGGAUGACAAGCAACUUUCUACUGUUGAACUCAGAUAAAACUGAAGUCAUUGUACUUGGUCCUGAACACAUCAGAAAUAAACUUUCUAAUGAUGUAGUUCCAUUAGACGGCAUUGCCCUGGCUCCCAGCUCCACUGUAAAGAAUCUGGGAGUCAUCUUUGAUCAGGAUUUGUCCUUUAACUCACACAUAAAACAAACUUCUAGGACUGCCUUCUUUCACCUGCGUAAUAUCACCAACAUUAGACAUUUUCUGUCUCAAAAAGAUGCAGAAAAACUAGUCCAUGCAUUUGUUACUUCAAGCUCUCACAGCACUGUGCUCAGUGUUAGAAAUUCAUCCUCUGCUCUACUUGAAUAAACAGCUCCCUGAUUUGACUUUA